AUGAAAGGAGUUAACUGCUCAGGCGUGUCUGAGUUUGUGCUUCUGGGGCUUUCCAAUUCCUGGGAGACCCAGCUGCUUCUGUUUUGCUUCACUUCUCUCCUCUAUGUGUCCAGUCUGAUGGGAAACCUCCUCGUCGUGGUGACUGUGACUGCUGACUCUUCCUUACACUCCCCCAUGUACUGCCUGCUGGCCAACCUUUCGGUCCUCGACCUGAUAUUUUGUUCGAUUGCAGCACCCAAGAUGAUCUGCGAUCUUUUCAGAAAGAAGAAAGCCAUCUCCUUUGGGGGCUGUAUUUCUCAGAUCUUCUUCAGCCAUGCUGUUGGGGGCGCGGAGAUGGUGCUGCUCAUCGCCAUGGCCUUUGACAGGUAUGUGGCCAUCUGUAAGCCUCUCCACUACCUGAUCAUCAUGAACCCACGGCUGUGCAUUUUGAUUUUAGUACUUUCCUGGACCAUUGGCCUCAUCCACUCUUUGUCUCAGUUGGCUUUUAUUGUAAACUUGCCCUUUUGUGGCCCUAAUGUAUUAGAUAGCUUCUACUGUGACAUACCUCGGCUCAUCAAACUUGCUUGCACAGAUACCUAUAAACUAGAAUUCAUGGUCACUGCUAAUAGUGGCUUCAUUUCUUUAGGUGCCUUUUUCUUGCUUAUCCUCUCUUACAUUUUCCUCCUGACUACUCUGCAGAAACAAUCCUUCGGUGGGUCAUCCAAGGCUGUCUCCACCUUGUCUGCUCACAUUACUGUGGUGGUGUUAUUCUUUGGCCCACUGAUUUUUUUCUAUGUGUGGCCUUCUCCCUCAACACACAUGGAUAAAUUUCUAGCCAUGUUUGAUGCAGUUUUGACACCUUUUCUGAAUCCCGUCAUCUAUACAUUUAGAAACAGGGAGAUGAAGAUGGCAAUGAGGAGAGUGUUUGGCCGACUUGGGGGUUGUAGAAAACUCAUUUAA